AUGCAACUCAAGCAGCCGCUUCCCAUCAAUUCAAAGUUUGACACGAGCAAUACAAACCCAGAUUACUCCAUGACUGCACCGCUGAAUGGCGAUGGUAGCAAUUUUCCCUGUAAGGGCUAUCUCAAUAGUCCCGGUAAACACAUCACAGCACAGUACACGGCAGGCGGCCAAUACAGUAUUGCUUUGGAGGGAACAGCAACGCAUGAAGGUGGAUCUUGUCAAUUGUCUCUGUCGUACGAUAAUGGCGCCACGUUCAAAGUCAUUCACAGUAUUGUUGGUGGCUGCCCACUGCAAUCUGGUUACAACUUCACAAUGCCUGCUGGCUUACCAGCUGGGAAUAAUGUCGUCUUUUCAUGGACAUGGUUCAAUAAAGUUGGCAAUCGAGAGAUGUAUCAGAAUUGUGCACUUGUCAAUAUUCAAGGAUCCGGUACAUCACAAUUCGUGGCUGCACUGCCAGCUAUGCAGAUUGCAAAUGUCGGCAAAGGUUGUGCAACAAUAGAGGGAACAGAAGUCGUCUUUCCAAACCCGGGACAGAGUAUUCAAUUUGGUGGAUCGUACAGCAAUGGU